AUGUCGGCGUCGUAUCAUCAAGUAUGCGCUCAGGUUAGUGAAAUUUUUCAAUUUCUUCGGGUUUCUGGACCAAAGCCCAAAAGUUUGCCUAGAAAUACUUUGAAAAAAAACGCUGUGGAGCGCAUCUGUAACACUGUUAAGCGUUUGAAAAGAGAUUUAAGAAAACUAUUCAAUUUUUGGCGUUUUACACUGAAAGUACUUGAAUAAGUCGCUCUUUUGACACGGUUUUCAGGAAAAAAUCUGAAAAUCGAUCAGAGAAAAUAAUUUAGAAAGUGAGUUGGUUGGGCCGGGCUUAUUAAAAUUAAAAUUUUCCAUUUCAGCCCUCUCCGCCCCUUCUAGAACAACUUUUAUUGCAGGAAUUCGAGAAGAUGAGCCAAUGGGUGGUGCUGAUCUCGAUCGUUCCCCUCCUGGUCAGCCUCCUGACCGUCAUUCUGAUCUGUUCGUCGUUGCGGAAGAUGAAGAAGAUGGUCUCGGUGUGCGACGGAAUCGCCACGUCGGCCCACUGGCUGAGCAGGACCGCCGUGCGUGCGGGCGUCGGCGACACGGCCCGGAGCACGAUCGCCGAGUACGCAAAGACGAAACCCGAACUGGGCCGUCUUUUGAAAUAG